AUGUAUUCCACAAGUACGCAGAAAAGGGAAUGGACAUUCACAAGAGAAGAACUAAAAGAAAGGCGAAGAAAGGCGAACGAACAAUUCCGGGCUAAGCAAGCCGAUUUGUUGCAACCGGGAGAAGAAUCCAUUUUUCUAACUCCUGAGGAGGAAGCGAAGAUGAUUAACGUCGUAGAAAGUGCUGCCAUAAGGUUCUCCGACACUUUUCAACCCCACAUGUGGCCAUCAGUUCGAUGGACAGCCUAUGCAUACUUUAAACGUAUUUUUCUCGACUGGUCUGUGAUGGAAGCCAGUCCUAAAAUUGUGAUGAUGGCAUGCUUCUACCUUGCCAUGAAAGUUGAAGAAUUUUAUGUAAAUAUUGAUGAGUUUGUUAGCAACUUGAAAUCUGGAACACCUGAACAGAAUACUACCCGAAUCUUGGGAUUAGAACCAGAAAUCAUGCGGCAUUUGAUGGAGAUGAAAACACGUAUGUUGCUUCUUAAUUUCAAUGUCGAGUCCAUUCGGGAGCCCGCGGACCAAUUUUUCCGACAAGCACUUCUCUCGGAUGCAAUGUUGAUAUAUCCACCGUCGCAAAUAGCUUUGGCUGCUCUGAAAUAUGGAUUGGAUUCACUCGGUAUCACCGUCUUUAAAUGGAACAAGUCUCCCGACGUUCUCACUGAAUUUCUACAGAAGCUCAUGGGUAUUGAAGAUGAUUGGAAAGGAAUGCAUGGAGAUGCUCUUCAUACUAUUGAAAAGCUCAUAAACAGUAGGUGCUUGGUACUUAACAGAAACGCUGUGAAUCUCGAUGUUAUAUGA